UCCGGUUUGGCCUGGCCCUCCGGGCAGAUUCGGUCACACACAUGAAACUUUUUGAAGGAGGAAGGAAGUCGCCCGGCGCAUUUGGGCAGAGUCUGUGCAAGAGCACAAGGAGGGGACGGCCAGCUGAUCCCCCGCCCUGUCCUCACUCCUUGCCCGUCUGAUCUUCCUGCUUUUUGUUUUUUUUCCCCAGGAGAGGCGAAAUCUUUCUCCAGGCGUCCCCUGAACUUGGCAUGCAAGCCGAGCAGCACCAGGAGGAAGAAGAAGAGGAGGAGGAAGGAGAUGGAGAUGGUGAGCCUGGCAGUCAUCACGGGCCGGACAACCCUUUCGAGAAAGGCGCCUUCCAGCUGACGGCCGAGGACGUCUACGACAUCUCCUACCUCCUGGGAAGGGAGAUGCACAAACUCAGCACCGAGCCACGGCUGGACGUGGCCGCCCACGUAGCCCAGCUCCAGUUCAAGGUGGUCGGCGUGCUGGAGAUGCUCGAAGCCCUGGUGAGCGAGAACAACUUGACGGUGGAGGCCCUGAAGAUGGAGAGGGACAGCUUGAGAAAAGAACUGGAGAGUCUCCGGAAACAGGUGGCCUGCGGGACCACGGGAGAGGCGAACGUGGGACCCAACAAGAUGGUCAUCGAUCUCACAGACCCUAACCGGCCCCGAUUCACGCUGCAAGAGCUGCGGGAGGUGCUCCAGGAACGCAACCAGCUAAAAGCCCAGCUCCUGGUCGUGCAGGAAGAGUUGCAGUGCUACAAGAGUGGCAUCAUUUCACAAAAGCAGGACUGGAUUGAGCCGGCCCAGAAGGAAAUGAACGCAGGGGCAGCCUCGGGUUCCAGAAAAGGAAAGAUGGAAAAGGCCACUAUCAAGCAGUUGUUCACUUUUAAAAGGCUGUGACGAGGAAUUUUUAACUUCCGCUUCAAAAAAAUAAAGAAAAAUCAAGCUGCAGUUGAAGAAGCAGCAGCACCAAAAUCUCAAAUGCCAAGAACUGGAGCCUUUGAAAAACCACAUGCAGAUUGUCAAGCUGCUAACCCUGAGCGUUUCCUGCUUUAUGUUUCACCUUUAUAUGCAAAAUUAGCAUUGUUUCUCUUGUUGAUUUCCUUGCUCAUAUAAAGCAGGGCUGGGUACGUAACUAAAAGUAUUUUGACCACACAAACCCACCAUGCUUCCAUGAUAAACCGUCCUGGUAAGGGAUGAGGGUCUUCUGAUUUUUGGAGACCUGUAGAUUCUCCAUAGCUGAGGUAAAAAAAAAAGUACUACCUCUCGCAUCUGUUCAAGCUGGAAAACGUCUGUCAAGGACGGAAUAAAUUCUUACAUUUGUUUCUAGAAUUAUUUUAAA